AUGGAAACUCCUUACACAGAUCAUCUAACAUCAAUCGAUUACGAACAAGUGUAUGAGCCAGCAGAAGAUUCCUUUCUAUUGUUGGAUGCCUUAGAAGCUGACCUAUCAUUUAUCGAGAGUUUACAACCGCAGGUAUGCUUGGAAGUUGGACCGGGUAGUGGUAUCAUUGUUACUGCGUUGGCAAAAAAGUUAAAAGAAACACUUUGCCUAGCUACUGAUAUAAAUCCAUAUGCUUGCAAGGCAACGAAAAAAACUGCUAAUCAUAACGGUACAUUUGUGGAAAGCAUAAAUUGCAACUUGGUAGAUCUUUUGCGUAAAAAGACGAUCGAUUUACUUGUAUUCAAUCCGCCUUACGUGGUAACCUCGGACGAAGAAUUAAAAAAUCAAUCAUAUACCAACUCACAAAUAACAUUUUCGUGGGCUGGAGGUGUACAUGGUAGACGUGUAAUUGAUGAACUGCUCAAGAGUUUGGAUAGCAUUUUAUCUGCAAAAGGGGUUUUCUAUUUGUUGGCGCUACGUGAAAAUAAACCAGAUGAAUUAAUAAUCAAUUUAAAUACUUUGGGCUUUACUGCAAUUAAGUUUAUGGAAAGACGGAUUCCUGGCGAAUAUCUAUACAUUUUAAAGAUAACACGAAAAUGAUUUUUAAGGUAUCAUAAAAAUAUCAAUCAAUUUGAUGUAAAAUAUAAAUAAAUAUUUUCUCCAAA